CUCUGCGCGAUGUCAUCUCAUAGUCUAUCCCCUCUCCUUUCGUACCUCUGCCAUCAAGCACUGACUGCCGACACCUCCUUUCCCGGCGUUUCCCCACCGUACUAAGUCGAUCACUGAGAACCCAGGCCAGCCAAGGGCGUAAGGAGCCAUGCUUCUCAUAUCACCCAUCACUCAUCACACGCCCCCCGCUCCACGAUGGCUUACCUUCAUCAUCCUUGACUCAAGAUAAAGACCAUCAAAAUCGAGCUCUUUGGGCAUAUUCACGCACGCGCCCAUCAUGUCUUCACCCGUCACCUCUCAAGGCUCUAUGGAGGCGAGUCUGUGUGAGAAGGGCGUCAUCUUGGAACAGCCGACCGAAAAGACCUGCAUGGCCCCCGCACCAGCCCAGGCAGUCUCAGACAGCUCCGUGCAAUCUGCUUCCUCUUUCCAGAGCAGCAUGGGAGGCGGCAUAGUCGGCGGCGAACAGCUUCUCAACGACAAUCCUCCCUGUUCAGACUACUGUUGCAGCUAUGGAUGUGAGGUAUUUGGGCAGGGGAUAGAUGAAUGUUGUGUGAGCGAAUACGACUGUACGUUGAGGCAUCAGGUGCUGACUAGAGUAGGAACUCAUGGCGGAGUGUUUGACGGAAACGCUGCAAGCAUGUCUGUCGUGCAUGACAUGUGAUCUGGACUGAGCCUCAGCUGUCUCUGGUAAAAGCCUGGCAGUCCGGCCGGGUGGACGUUAUUCCCUAAUAGUAUCUUGAUGGUAACCUGGAGUGGCUCACACAUUCUUCUAUAAUUACAGUACCUUGAUCUGUACUCAUAGAGUUUAUUGAUAUGCAGAGCAAAAGCGACCAAAGAUCUGCUCACGCUCCCCUCAUUUGCACAAACACACACCUGAA